CAAUAGUGCUCUGCCAAAAAACAAGCUUUGCUAUUGGUGUUUUCAUGAACUGCUGCAAAGUUUGGUGGUGUGUGUUUGAAGCGUUAACUUUAUUAAUCGUGAAUUUUACAAUGUAGUCUACCGAACUUAUCAUAUCACUAAUUAUUGAUACCAAAAUGCGUUCCGAUUUGACUAACUUUUACUUUAGCAAUGAAAAGACUGCCAAAGCUUGGGAGAAAAGGGCAAAGAAAAUUUAUGCUGCCCAGGACCAGAAUUCUUUCAUAUUCUGAAAGGAAGAAGCUGCCUUGUUUACGGGUCAUUGACAGUCGGCGGAUAUAGUAAUAAUGGCUAAUUUCACUUAGCCUUCCCUUUGCAAAUAUAGGGGUAAUACAAGAAUGAGUGAAGACAGGCAAAGAAGUUAUUCUUUUCAGAUAAUGCAAGAAUGCAUGAAGACAUGAAGUAAAGUUACAUUCCUUCAGGUAAUUCAAGAAUGAAUGAAGGCAGGUAAUGAAGAUACUAUGAGGUUUUGGUGCAAAGCAUGGAGAUUGGUGAGGAGACAUCAGUCAUGACCCAGGAUGGGGGUUGUCAUGAAUCUCCAUUAGUCUGUAAGGAAGAGCCUGUCUCUGUGGAAGAUGGUUUAAUUCAGGAGAGUUCACCUAAGCAUGUUGAUGGUGAUGGUCACAGUGAAAAUUGUGAGAGUAGUAGUGAACUGUCUGGAAUAUUAGAUGUCUCAGUUGUUAAUCAGGUACAAAUAUACAAAGCUUUACAGGCAUAUGCAUUAGCCAAUAUUUUGAAUGCACAACAGAGAGGCAAUGUUGCUACUUCAGGGGGCUUAAGUGAAAAUGCAGAUAAUCACAUGAGCAACUCUAGUCAUUUAGUAAUAGCUCAGAAUCUUUUGAAUUGGGCUAUGUAUAGGCAAAUGUUGUCAAAUGUAGUAACAUCACACAAUCCAUAUUUGUCUCUCAUAGGAGGAUUAUUGACUCACAUAAGUACAAAGCUCAGCAACGGUGAUGAGGUGAAUAAAGAAGAUGCUUUAUCUGAAGAAUCAUCAUCCAUUCAAGAAACAAACACUGACUUUGCUUCGCUCUUAAGGCGACUAACACCAGAAAUUAGUAUUGAAAAAGUACCCAACACGUGUGAAUCGAUUUUUUCUGAAACUAAGGAAGUCAGUGUAAUUUCAGUGGGAGGAGAAAGAAGUAAAGGUGGUUCAAGAAAGAAACAAUCUAAAAUCAAUGAAGACAGGGGCCAAAAAAAAGGUAGCCAUCAAGGAAGAGUUCAAAGAAAAGAGGGCUGUAAUAAGGCUCUCUUAUACAAGAGGAAAUCUUCUGAGGAAUGUAUUAGUGUACAGGCUAUGGUUUGUGAUGAAAGCAGGACUUUCAAUGAAUCAAAAAUGGCUGAAGAUGUGCAUAUGCAUGAAAACUCGGAUGUUCAAGUAGAUGGACUCAUAAGUGAGUCUAGCACCUUAAGAACACUGAAAAAAUUUCGAAAAACAAAUGUGAAAGUACCAAAGUUGCAGAUUGAUGAAAGGAGUGAUGGUAAAAAGACUAGUGGGGCAGUAAUGGAUGAUACGAAGAACCUUUAUGCUGACCUAACAUUUACUGAUGAUGUUAACAAUGCAAGUUCUCAGGCUGUUAUAACAUUUUCUAGUACUCCACGAAGGAGAUACAAAAAAAGGGAAAAGAAAAUGGAUGAAUUUGAGGAGGAUGUGAAAAAAUUUAGUUGUUCUGUGUGUGGGAAAAUGUUUAAGUUAGAAACAAGCCUCACUAAACACAUGUGGUUACAUACAGGUCAGCAACCAUAUGCUUGUACAGUCUGUAAAAAGAAAUUCACAGAAAAAUCCAAUUUAACAACGCACAUGCGUAUUCACACAGGGGAAAAACCUCAUGUUUGUACCAUCUGUGGACGGAGAUUUACUCAGCAAGCAAGUUUGAUGUAUCACACUCGCAGCCAUACUGGAGAAAAACCUUAUGAGUGUAAAGUAUGUAAAAAAACUUUUGUGUCUUCCUCAGGUCUGAACAGCCAUAUGAUAAGUCAUUCUACAUACAAGCCACAUAAAUGUGAAGUUUGUAAUAAUUCAUUUGCAAGAAAAAGUGGCUUAGACCUCCAUAUGAUGGUUCAUACUGGAGAGAAACCUUUUGAAUGUAAGGACUGUGGUAAGUUGUUUACUCAGAAAGGUGCUCUUACAAGUCACACAAAGCAGCAUACUGGUGAUCGAAGAUAUCAGUGUGAGGUUUGUAGAAAAGCCUUUGUUGAUAACUGCACCCUUAAGAAGCACAUGCGUAUUCACUCAGGUGAAAUGCCUUAUCAGUGUGAGUUGUGCGGAAAGAGAUUUCUGCACAGAACAAGUCACAUUGAACACAUGAAAGUACACAAUGAUGAGAGGACAUAUCCAUGUCCAGUAUGUGGGAAGCUUUUCCGAAAUACAAGUAGCGUGAACACUCACAUGGUUACCCACACCAAAGAACGGCCUCAUGAAUGUCAUGAAUGUGGCAAGAAGUUUGCACUGAAAAGCAACCUCAAGCAUCAUAUGAAGAUUCAUGUUGGUGCAAGAGAAUUUGUGUGUGAGAUUUGCGGUCAAGCAUUCUUAUUUAAGGACACUUUGAGAGAACAUUUUAAGACCCACACAGGAGAAAAAACUUACAAUUGUCAAGUUUGUGGCAAGGGAUAUAUGUGGAAGCCAAGUUUUCUUCGUCACAUGGAUGAAAUACAUGGACUGAAUCCCAAUGACCACUGGGAAGUAUUUGCAAAUGCUCGAGGAAGAUACAAGGGAAAACAUGACACUCUGACUAGUGAUAACAUUGAAUCAGUAUUAGUAAAUACAGAAGAGCAGAGUGAUAAGUCAGAUGAUGAUAAAUUGGGGUCCUUUGAUUUAGGAGAUGCUAAUGAUGUUUUAGGAUGUGAUACAGACGAUGCAAUAAAAUGUAGUGCCGAGAAAUCUUCAAGGAACAGUGAGAUUGAUGACUCUGAGAAGGAAAAGAUUACUGAUCAAGCAGAAAAGAUGCUUCCUCAGAAAGUCAGUAUCCCAGGGGAAAUAAGAAUCAAGGAGGAAGAAAUUGACAGUAACAUAUUUGUAGUAUAAUAGGAUUUAAAUUGAAUCAUUCUUAAAAUUUUAAGUCAGCAUACUCAGAGUAUUGUUCCUAAUGUAGUUCUUAAUUGUAACUGGUAAUACAUAAUAUGGAAGACAUGAUGUCUUUAUAUCCACUAUAGCAUUGUCAUUUUGACUUAGUAUGUUUAAUCAGUGUAUGUUAACAGGCAGAUGUGUAAAUUAUAACAUGUUUUGUUACUGUGUAAAUUAUAAUGUGUUUUGUUACCUAGUGUCUUUUUAUAAAAAUAGCAGUAUGUAUACAUAUUCUAUUGUAAUACGUGUAAGUAAGGACUGGCCAUAGCUUUACAAGAUUUUAGUGCCAACAAAAUUUGGGAAUGAGAUCAGGCAACAGAAGAAUCAAAAUUCUGUAGUCUAUUGGGUAAUUAGGUAAUUGUUCAAGUUAUACAGUACAGUAUAAUGAUAAGAGAAAAUGCAAUUACGUGUUUACCUGGGUAUGGGUAACAUCUGGGUGCAUUUUCUUGAUUUUUGUGCCAACAUAUCAAAUUCUUAUUUGCAGUUUUGAACAAUUAUUUAUUCGAAGAUAUCUGUUGUUUGUAAUAAUUUAUGACUGGACUAAUAUCCUUGAGGAAUUAUGUCUAUGAAAUAAUUUGUAAAUUUCGUAGUACAUAAUUAUUUUGUACAGUGCAUACUGUAUACUAUUUAUUCUUACCUGUUUUGUAGACAUAUUGUUAUUUACUCUGUGAAAAUACAAUUAUUUUGUUAUUUAAAAAUUUACUGUAUGAAUUAUUACUGGUUAUUUUUAAUUUCUGACUUUUUUACAAAGAUAAUACAGUUCCAGUAUGUUGGUGUAAUAUAUUUUUGAAUAAAGCACAAGUACAGUAGUAUGCUAUAUUCUUAUUCACUGUGGUAUCGGAUGUGCAAAGUAUUCCAUUUGUUGUAGCUCAUGCUUCCUUAAUUGGAAAUUUGAUUCUUGGUAAAUUCCUUCAAGAUCACAAUAUUUAUAAUAUUUACAGCAUCAUAAACAUUUAAAGCAUUUGGAUCACCUGUAAAAGUGAUAAUUCUAUGAAGAUGUUGUAUUCCAUGAUAAGGGUUUAAGGUUUACGAUAAUUUUAGGGCACUAAGUUUCUCUCUCUCUCUCUUUUCACAUUUCCUGGAUUCAUUCAGAUUUUAUUUAGCUAACAAUUACCUUUAUAUAUGCAUUUAUGAAAAGCCAGUCAAUCUUCUUUACACUUUUUCCUCAUCUAACUCCUACAGUUAUAUAACAAAAAUGAUUCACCUUUAAGUAAAACUGGGAAAAAUUAAUGUCUAUCUGUUUUAUGCAGGUGCUGCAUUACUAAAAAAAUUACCCAUAACCAAGGCUACUGGAGUUCAUGUAAAUAUCUGGUUUAACUAAAUACAAAAGUCUUUG